AGAGUGGUAGCGCCGACGAGAUAAACGCUCUCCAGAAGGCCCUGACGAAUGCGAAGAGCGACAGUGCCGAAGAAAUCGAAUCAUUGCGCAAGGCUUUGGAGGAGGCUACGAGCGGUAGUGCCGAGGAGAUGACCAGACUCACCCAAGAGCGCGAUGAGGCUGCGAAGGAGGUUACCGAGCUGAAGCAGUCCGUAGCGACUUUGGAGACUCGCAUCGCCGCCAUCACUGCCGAGAAGGAGCGUCUCGAGGUCGAGAACAAGCAGAUCUCGGAGGAGGUGCAGGCGUCGGUCAAGUCUCUCGAGUCGGUUUACACGGCACAGAUCGAGGACCUGGACCGCACCGUUGCGUCUCAACGCGAGAAGAUCACCGACCUCGAGAAGCGGUUUCUGGAGGGCGAUGCCACGAGCGCCGGUCUCGCGGACGAACUCGAUCGCGAGCGGUUAUCAAAAGGGAGUAUCUCCAAGGAACUCGAAGCCGCUGCCCGAGAGGCCGCUACCGCCGAAGCUGCAAAAGCGGACUUGGCUCACCAAUUGGAGGCCUUGAGGGAGCAGCUUGCUGCCAUCAGCGCGGCCAAGGAGCAGGCGAUCGCCGAGGAGAAGGCUGCCAAGAAGGCUGUCGAGUCGCAGCUGGUGGCCUUGUCCGAGGAGUUCUCGGCUACCAAGUCGGCCAGCGAAGGUGCGGUUACAAAGCUUCAGUCGGUCGAGCAGGAGCUUGCCGCUUCCAAGGCUGCCAAGGAGAAUACCGCUAGGGAGGUCGAGGAGCUGAUGGACCAGCUUUCCGACGUCAAGGCUUCCAAGGACGCCGCCGCCGGAGGAUUGUCCGCUCUUGCUGUGGAGCUCGAGCAGGUCAAGAAGGAUAAGGAGGCAGCUCUUCAGGCUGUCCAGGCCGAUCUGGAGGAUGUCCGUGCUCAGCUGAAGGCCGCCGUCGACAAUCACGAGUCCACUCAGGCCAAGUUGGUGGAAUUGUCCAAGGAGAACGAGAAGGCUGUCUCUGCUGCUCUGGAGACCGUUCAGGCCGAGAGGUUGGCGGCCGACAAGACCCGGAAGGCGCUCGAGGAAAAGCUCGAGGACUUGGAGACCACGCUCAAGGAGAAGGUCAACGUACUUACUAAGCUCGCCGGUGAGCGGGACGAGUAUGAACACGAGAUCCCCACCCUGAAGCAGAAGCUUGCGCUCGCGGAGUCCAUGGUCAACGAGAAGCAGGCGGCCAUCCAGAACGUGAGAAACGAGUAUGAGUCCAAAGUGAAGGUGCUGGAAGCGGAGUUGUCGGAGGCGAGGAUUGCUGCCACAGGAUCUGGAGCCGGACCAACCAAUGGAGCUGGUGAUGCCGAGGUGAGCACACGAACCGGCGAUGCUGGAGGUCCCCGUUCGAAUCAUGAUGGUGUGGAAGAGGAAAACGAUGCCCUUGCAAUUGUCAGAUACCCGCUUUUCUGUUUCAUGUGGAUCAUUCUUUUGUGUUGCUUACUGUUUCCCAACACUGCCGCCACCACCACUGCCACAUUUGUUGAUUGGAAGCGGAAGCUAACGGCUGUGCAGAUCUCGAGGAUAAGCAACGACAUCCGGGUGCUCGAUAAUAUGAACCAGGACAUGCAGGAGGACGCGAAGAGGGCAAUAGAGGCGCUGCAAAAGAUACCCGGAACCGAGAAGCUGGUGGAUGCGGUUGAAUAGCUCGCGUUGUUCUGGCUAUGAAGACGGUCCCCAUGACUUUAUUUUUCCUUCCUUCCUUCGUUUCUUUGAUCCCUGUGGAUAUAGGAGUCCUUUUUUCUUUUUGUG